CUCUGACCCUGCUGUGGGGCCGCCUCAGUGCUGUGACAUCACAAUGUUAGCUGUGCAGGCCUUGGAGCGCAGGACAUUUGCUGACCUUCCCAAGGCUGCCCCCGGGUUCUCAGUCGCCCAGGUGAGCUGCCUGCUGCUGUUGCCUUAUCGGAUGCACCUGGACAUGGAGCCUGUGUCUCCCCGGCUGAGAGCCUUUCUUUCGGAGCCCAUGGGAGAAAAGGAUGUCUGCUGGGUGGAUGGCAUCAGCCGGGAGCUGGCCGUCAAUUUGGUCACCAAAGGCUUCAGCAAGGCCUACGUCCUGUUGGGACAGUUCCUGCUGAUGCACAAGGACGAGGAGGAGUUCCAGAAGUGGCUCAUCUGCUGCUUUGGGGCCUCUGAAUGCGAGGCACGGCGGAGCGCUACCUGCCUGAAGGAGUGGUGCACCUGCUUCCUGUAGACACGGCCACCUGGCCCGGAUGAAUGACGCCUUCUCCACCUGCA